AGAGGAAUGUAAGAUGGCUGAGCUGAAUUUAACAGAUUUGUGUGAUGGCAGCGGAAACAUCAUCGUUGAGAAACUUGUGGACAGAUUUUAUGAAAACGGCAUCCUUUUGUUCAAAGACCCGAGGUUAAAAGGGUUCGUGAGUGCUCUCUCAGUCUCCCCAGACAACAGAAUCAACGGCCAACACCACAGUCUGGUCUCCAAAAACCUCCGUAGUACAGUACCUCCAGAGGAGUUUACUCAACUUAUCAACGGGUACGCAGUAGUUAAACAAGUGCUGAGGGGUGACCUGGUAGUCCAGGAUUGGGCCUCAUUCAAGGAGGACCUGAUAUCAGCGUACGAGUCUCUGAGUGACGAUAAUUCGGGCCAGAUAACAACUUAUAUCCCGGGUCUGUCCAGCUAUGACAUAGACAAGUGGUCUGUCUCCUUCUGUUCCAUAGAUGGUCAGGUUCUGGCUCUGGGGGACUACAAGGACCCCUUUACUCUCCAGUCUGUCACUAAACCUAUUCUUUACGGUAUAACAUGCGAUGAAGUCGGCUCUGAUACUGUGCAUAAGUAUGUGGGGAAGGAACCGAGUGGGUUCGGGUUCAAUAAGAUUAAACUCGGAUACGAAGAAAUCCCUCACAAUCCUCUCAUCAACAUAGGAGCGAUCACGGUAUCCAGUCUGGUCCGUCCUGACGACCCCAUAUCAGAGAGGUUCGAAUCUUGCUAUGCAAAGUACAAGCAGCUUGCUUCCGGCAUCAACCCCAACGGUAUUUCCUUCAACAACGUAGUGUAUCUAUCAGAGAAACAAAACGGACACAGAAACUACGCGAUAGGUCAUUAUCUGCUGAACAAGGGAUGUAUUAACGCCUCCUCCACUGGUCGACUGAUGGAGGUACUGGAGCUGUACUUCCAGCUGUGCUCUAUCGAGGUGGAUACUAGGUCCGUGUGUACGAUGGGGGCUACACUGGCUAAUGGGGGACGGAAUGUGUUUACUGGAAAACAGGUGUUGACUACAUCAACAGUACAGAACACGUUAUCUCUCAUGUACUCUUGUGGAAUGUAUGACUAUUCUGGGGAGUGGUCCUUCGAGUUUGGGCUGCCUGCUAAAUCAGGCGUUUCUGGUGUUAUAAUGGCGGUGCUACCCAACCUUGGUAGCAUAGCAAUGUGGUCUCCACCUCUCGACAACUACGGUAACAGUGUGCGCGGACUUGGCUUUACACGCAACCUCCUCAACCGCUUCAAGACCUAUUCAAAACCAGACACUGACAGCCAGUCUGUGUUCCAUCCGUUCAGUUCAAAACGAGCUACUUUUACCAAACACCACAGCUUGGUUACCUCAGUGGGAGCUAAUAGGAAGCUACAUACGGCAGUUCCUCCGAGAAGGGAUAUGCACACUAUGGCUAGGCUGGCAGUGGCCGGAGGAAGGCUGGUUGGCUCUGUCGCCAGGCGGGUUAGGUAAAGAGAAGGUAGAACUGGGCCAUGAUCUGUUGUAAACACUGGGAGUAUGGAACUCAUGGAAGAGGGGCAUGUUCAUCAUGUUAUACUUAUAGAACUUACCAGACCUUUAUAUUAAUACGGGCUAUUUGUGGGUUUAAAUACUGUGUAAUAUACUGUAAUGUUGAUGCAUGAUGCUAUUUAUAGAUCUGCUGUUUUAGCUAAUGGGUAUUUGAGGCCCUUACAGGAGCUCUAUCAAAAUGGUUUUAAUGAUGUUUUACAGUUUGACUUUAGCUGAGACGAUCCUAUAAUUGGUAUAGGAUUGAACAAACUUACUGUUGAACGAUUCCAUUAUUUGGUCGAAUUUUUUUAGGCCACCGUGACCGUGGUCCAAUUAUGGUUGCAUUUUUGUCACAAUAAGAAUUGAGCACAUAUUUCAAGUCAGGAUACCCAUAAUUUAUAAUCGAUAUUAUUUAUAUUAUUCUACUUUAAAUAAUAUUAUUUAUAAUGAGUUAUUUCAUGAACUCAUUUUAUCGAACAUUGCUAUCUAGCAAACAUUCAAUUGUAGAAUGAACUUUAAUCGUUCGUUCAUAACCUUAUGUUAUGUUUACUGAGGUCGUGUAACGUUAGCCUUUGGUUAAAUACUAUAAUAAUCUUUAUGACAAAUCUCCUAUUUAUGUAUGAUAUUUCUCAUAUAACUGUUUAUACUCACUCCCUUCAUCAUGUAUUUAAAAACGAUUUGCCUUGAAUUUCUGAUGUUUUCUAUUAUAUUUCAUUAUGUUUAGUUAUAUAAAUUAUUUAUUUAUGGACGUUUUAUCAUGCAUCGAUAGAAAGUGCAAGUAGUACAUUAAGUUCAUCUCAUGUGUAGUAAAUUAUUGAUAUAGUUUUAGAUUUAAUUUCGAAUAAUAUUUGUUGAAUAAAAAAGUUUUUUGAAAUUUUUACUGCCAAAAGAGCAAAUCGAUAACAAAUUGCAAGUUUUAAGAUUUCAUUUAAAGAAGUUUACUUUUGUACACUUAAAGCGCUAAUGUUAUAUUUUUAGUUGAAUAAUUAAUAUGGCUAAAGUUUGAAAUUAAGUUCAUGUUAUUAUA